CUUAAAGUGUCAGGAUGGUGAAGAUGGGGUGAGAGUGAGAUCCGGCAGCACACAGCAUGGCAGCCAGACGGGUAUUCCACCUUCAGCCAUGCGAGAGUCCUCCAGCAGCGAUGUCCAGAAAUGGAUACUUCUUUGAAGAGACUGGUUACCUGAAGUGUGACACUGAUGAUGGCUGUGAUCCCAAAGAAGAGGAUGGAGGUGGAGGCGAGGAACUUUUUGACACUGUACACUCAUCCAUUGUUUCUGGAGAAAGCAUCAGGUUUUUUGUGAACGUCAAUUUGGAAGUCCCGCAAAGUGCUGCAGCAGAAAAUGAAAGUUCGGGCUGUGUAUUACUGCAUACGUCGAGAAAAUACCUGAAGUUAAAGAACUUUGAGGAGGAGGUGAGAGCUCACCGGGACCUGGAUGGCUUCCUUGCCAAAGCCAGCAUAAUCCUGGAUGAAACGGCGACCUCUCUGGACGAUGUGCUAAGGGAAAUGCUGAAGCACUUUGUGGAAGACCCGGAAAACGCCGAACCCACCUGCAACUUUGACAAAAUCAUGAGCACUUUAUUCACUGAUUCUGGCGCUCCUCGCGAAGGGAAUGUUCACCUCCUCUCAGAUACAAUUCAGGGGGUCACAGCGACAGCCACUGGGGUCCAGUAUCAGCAAUCCUGGCUCUGUAUUAUUUGCACUAUAAAGUCACUUCAGAGACGGCACGUUUGUAUCAGUCGACUGGAGAGGCCGCAGAACUGGGGAGAAAACUCCUGCGAAGUCAGAUUUGUUAUUUUAGUUCUGGCUCCUCCUAAAAUGAAAAGUACAAAGACCGCAUCAGAAGUUGGAAGGACAUUUGCAACAAUGUUUUCUGACAUUGCUUUUCGUCAGAAACUUUUAGAAACCAAAACGGAAGAGGAGUUUAAAGAGGCCCUAGUGCAUCAGAGACACCUCUUGACUAUUGUAAACAGACAUACAUCUGUAAAUGACAGCCACAAACUACACAGUCACAAACCAUUAAAGGAUCUGCUUCUUGUUCCAUCCACUGGGCAUCCCAGACAGAUGCAAGAAUUUUUCAAUGUGGGAAAGGGAAUUUUUGAUGACAUUGCGCGCAGGCUACCAGUAUACCCAUUGGAUUUUACAGACGGUAUUAUCGGAAAUAACAAGGCCAUCGGAAAGUACAUUACCACUAUGAUUUUCUUGUACUUUGCAUGCCUCCUGCCCUCAAUAGCCUUUGGCUCUUUGAACGAUGAAAGCACUGGAGGGGUGAUUGACGUGCAGAAGACGAUAGUUGGACAGUGCAUUGGAGGCGUCAUAUAUUCUCUCUUUUCUGGGCAGCCUUUGGUUGUUCUUUUAACCACUGCUCCAUUGGCACUCUAUAUCAAUGUUAUCCGAGGGAUCUGUGAUGACUACAGUCUGGAUUUUAAAGCUUUCUACGCCUGGACAGGGCUAUGGAAUAGCUGCUUUCUUAUCAUCUACUCUCUGUUUAAUUGUAGCUUGCUGAUGAAGCUUUUUAAGAGGUCUACAGAAGAAAUUAUAGCACUUUUCAUAUCCAUAACGUUUGUGCUGGAUGCACUUAAAGGGAUUACCAAAAUUUUUAAGAAAUAUUACCUGGACGCUCCUGACUCGCAUGCCGUUUCUGAGAAAGGAUCCAUGGAAACCUUGCCAAAUCUGAACAUUACCCCCGACACACUCUUUAGUUCGGCCUGGAACAGCUCACUCCUACAGAAUCACAGCCUAGAUCAUGACGGAGAGCAGCACGGGAGAGAAUCUGCGGUCCUCAGUCUCAUGCUGAUGUUUGGGACGCUGUGGCUGGGCCACACACUCUAUCAGUUUAAGAAGAGUCCUUACCUUCAUUCAAGAGUGCGUGAAAUGCUGUCAGACUGCGCAUUGCCGAUAUCGGUGCUGACCUUCUCUGUAGUGGGAUCCUAUUUCUUUAAAGAGAUAUACAUUGCCAAGUUUAACUACAUUCAGACGGAGAGCCUGUUUGUGCUGGCCCCAAUUGGAUCUCUGUCUAUGGGCUCAAUAACCAGUGCCAUGGGGCUGGGUUUCCUUCUAUCCAUGCUCUUCUUCAUAGAGCAGAACAUCGUAGCGUCCCUUACCAAUGCACCGGAGAACAGGUUAGUUAAAGGUACUGCGUACCACUGGGAUCUCCUACUUGUGGCUCUUAUUAACACGGGGCUGUCGGUUUUCGGGAUGCCAUGGAUACACGCAGCCUUUCCUCACUCUCCCAUGCAUGUCAGAGCAUUGGCCAAUGUGGAAGAACGAGUGGAACAUGGACACAUUUAUGAGACGAUUGUAAGUGUGAAGGAGACCCGGCUGACAUCUCUGAUAGCCAACGUCCUGGUUGGCCUCUCUCUCUUCCUCCUGCCUUAUCCAUUGCAGUGGAUCCCAAAACCUGUCCUGUAUGGCCUCUUCCUGUAUAUUGCCCUGACCUCCAUUGACGGCAGCCAACUCUUUGAGCGAGUGGCCCUUUUGUUGAAAGAGCAGACAGCCUACCCACCAACUCAUUACAUCAGAAGAGUCCCUCAAAGAAAGAUCCAUUACUUCACAGGGCUGCAAGUUCUCCAACUGCUGAUCCUCUGCGGGUUUGGAAUGUCGCCUCUCCCAUACAUGAAAAUGAUCUUUCCUCUCAUCAUGAUCGGAAUGAUCCCAAUCAGAUACAACCUGCUACCAAAAAUCAUUGAAUCAAAGUACCUGGAUGCCAUGGAUGCAGAGCACUAGAGUGGAUGGUCCUAGGAACUUGUGGAUUUUUGGCCAGAAAAAGUGUAGGUUGUUGGAGUCCUACAGUUGUGUGGAAUGUUUGACCAAAGCUGAAUCGAGUGACUCUUUAGAAUCCAAAAGCUGACAAGUUUACAUGAUGGCUACGGGAGACCCUAAAGAUGCCAUGCAGUGCUCUCAGCUUGUGUGUCAUCGUGCAAUUGUAAAGGGUUUCCUUGAUUCCUAGGUUUUUCUUCUUUAAUUUUUGAUGCAUUAUAUCGCAAAAGAACCAAAUUUAGAACUUCUAGGACUGAGACUAUCCUUGUGAAGGAUUUAAAAUGGUGAGGGGCCAAACAUUUUUUUUUUCUUUUUUCUCUCUCCAAUGAACCUUGCAAUAUAUAUAUAUUUUUUUUAAAUCGAUCUCAUUUGACAUGAGUGGACUACAGACGAAAAUCCAAGCGGCGCUGAAAGAGGACAUUUUUUUUUUUUUUUAAAUAUGUUGGAGAACUGAUGAGAACUUGUGUUUUUGGGUCCCUAACUCAUGACUGUCUCUGCUGAUCAACCAACCAAAAGUGUUCACAUGUACUUUUCUUUUAUAGUAGCUACUGCUAGAAAAAUUAUAGAGGUUAAGCUA